AUGUCGGUGCCCCCGGGUCUCAACUUUGCCACCGAGUUGGCGUCAGCCGAUAUACUUGCACCGAAUGCAACGGCGUUGAUUGGGAAAACGCCGAUGGUGACGCUACGGAACGUGGUGGAUGGGUGUGGCGCGACGAUUGCGGCGAAACUCGAAUACCUGAACCCCGCCUGUUCGGUGAAAGAUCGGAUAGGAUAUGCGAUGGUGACGGCAGCCGAAAAAGCUGGACGGAUCAUCCCAGGUGUGACAACGCUAAUCGAGCCAACGUCCGGGAACACCGGAAUUGCAUUGGCCUUCAUCGCGGCCGCCAAAGGCUACCGCCUAAUCCUCACGAUGCCCUCCUCAAUGAGCGUGGAACGGCGCGUCCUCCUCAGGGCAUAUGGUGCUGAAGUCGUGCUGACAGCUCCUGAGCUUGGCAUGCAGGGCUCAAUCGACCGAGCCAAAGAGCUGGCCGAAAACAUCCCAAACUCCUUCAUCCUUCAACAGUUCGAAAACCCGGCUAAUCCCCUCAUCCACUACCAGACGACAGGGCCUGAAAUAUGGGAGCAGACGAAAGGAAAGGUGGAUUGCUGCGUCUUCGGUGUAGGUACCGGUGGCACGAUUACCGGUGUCGGCACGUUUUUGAAGGAGCAGAACCCAAACAUCAAGAUUUACGCUGUUGAACCCGAAGAAGCAGCCGUACUCUCUGGCCUUCCGUCGGGACCUCACAAAAUCCAAGGGCUCGGUGCAGGCUUCAUCCCAAAAGUGCUGAAUACCAGCAUUUACGAUGACGUCAUACGGAUACACUCUGACGAAGCAGUGAUCAUGAGCAAGAGAUUGGCGCUGGCCGAAGGGUUACUGGUCGGAAUCUCGUCCGGCGCGAACGUAUGCGCGGCGCUUCGUCUUGCAAAUCUGCCGGAAUGGUCGGGGAAGCUGAUCGUGACGGUGAUGCCGUCAUUUGGGGAACGAUAUCUGUCUUCGAAUCUGUACUCAGACAUGCGGGAUCAGGUUCUGACAAUGGGUGUUGAGAGCUUGGAAGAGAACUUGAAGAACCUGCGACUUCACGAGUAUCAGGUAAUGGAACCUCUCGACACUAAUCUACUUCACAACCCUCAUCUCCACGGCAUGAUGGACGAAGAUCUGAACGGGAUUGAAGACGAGCCAACAGAA